AUGGAUCGCCAAGUGGUAGGAAGGGGCCGCGGGAGACCCACUAGACAACACCCGGCAGCGGGUAGAGAUAGAGAGCCCGAGGUCAAUCCAGACCAAAGGCAAGAGGGUGGGGCGGGAGACGGAGUGGCCACCGCUAUUAACCGUAUCACUGACGUCCUAGAGCGCUUGACUGAACACCAAGCUGCUGGACCAGGGCGCCAUCAGGGAGGCCCAGUUGAUUCCGAUGAUCGGGCAUUGGAAAGGUUCCUGAAGUUUGGACCUCCCAAAUUCUAUGGAGGACCUGAGCCGGAAGUGGCCGAAGGCUGGUGGGAGAGGAUCACUGAGAUCUUCGCCGCCUUAAACUAUACGGAGGAGCGAAAGGUGACUUUUGCCACCUUCCAGUUUGAGGGAGCUGCUCGCUCCUGGUGGAACCUAAUGAGGGUUCAUUGGGAGACUAACCAUACACCACGAACUUGGAUGAACUUCACAAGGGAGUUCAAUGCCAAAUUCCUUCCGCCUCUCAUUCAAGAGAAGAGAGAGGACGAUUUCAUUCGAUGCAAGCAAGGGGCGAUGAGUGUCGCCGAAUAUGAAAUCCAGUUCACAAAGCUAUCCCGCUUUGCACCUGAGUUGAUAGCCACCGAGCAGAGGCGUGUUCGGAGGUUUGUGCAGGGUUUGAAUGUAGAACUACAGGAAAGUUUAGCCGCUGUGAGGAUAGAUACUUUCACAGAUGCUGUCGAAAGAGCUCAGAGAGUUGAAGUAGCUAGAGCUCAAGUGAAAUCCUUUUAA